AUGGCAGUGUCAAAGUCUCCCGAGUUCGAAGCCGCCGUUGAGGCGAGCCGGAAACUGUCCACAAAGCCCAGCGAUGACGACUUGUUGGAGCUGUACGCACUUUUCAAGCAAGGAACCCAAGAACCUCCCUUUGAAGAGGCUCCCAAGCCUGGAACUUUUGACUUUAAGGGCAAAUACAAAUACAACUCCUGGAAAAAGGUCGCUGAUGAGGGCCUCUCCUCCGAAGAUGCACAAAAGCAGUACGUCGAACUCAUCGAGAAGCUCAAGGAGAAGUACGGAUAUGACGAGGGGAAGGAGCCGGAGCAGGUUGGAGGGAAGUAG